AGUCAGGUAGAUUUGGGGGAAAUAUUGUUGAUGUACGAUAAAUAAGGCUCCUAAGGGCACUGCUUUUGGGGUCAUACUGCAGUAUACUGAUGAGUAUUCUAUGAUCCUGAUGCUGCUUCUUCACUAUCACACACGCACCGGCCGAGAUGGCCACUAGGAGGCCUAGACUAGACGGCGACUUUGUAGUUUCGUUCGUUAAAGUCAAGAGUAGGGGGGGGGGGCUGGAUUGUACUUUACCGGACCACCCGUCUCGGCCCGUGAUUACGACGCACACCUAGCCUAACUACGCUCUCAUAGUCAUAGUACUCUGCGUGCGGACAAAAGGUAGUUCCGCGGACGACUUCGCGCACGCACAGUGCAAGCCAGCAGCAACUGGCGAGGCGAGAUUUCAGUGAGUGCCCAGACCUCACAAAGUGAAUCAUGGAUUUCCAGCAUCGUGCCGGGGGCAAAACCGGCACUGGCGGUGUGGCCUCUGCAUCAGAGAGCAACCGUGACCGCCGAGAGCGACUUCGACAGUUAGCUCUAGAGACCAUUGAUUUGAAUAAGGAUCCUUAUUUUAUGAAAAAUCACCUUGGCUCUUACGAAUGCAAGUUGUGUUUGACUCUUCAUAACAAUGAGGGAAGCUACCUGGCCCAUACCCAAGGCAAGAAGCAUCAAAGUAACCUGGCUCGUCGCGCAGCUAAAGAGGCGAAGGAAGCUCCAGCUCAGCCGGCCCCAGAACGACCCAAGGUCGACAUCAAGAGAUUUGUGAAGAUUGGAAGACCUGGCUACAAAGUGACCAAGCAGAGAGACCCAGAGUCUACACAGCAGUCUCUGCUGUUCCAGAUUGACUACCCGGAGAUAGUGGAGACUAUCCAGCCACGCUACCGCUUUAUGGCGGCCUACGAGCAGCGCAUUGAGCCCCCAGACAGGAGAUGGCAGUACUUGCUGUUUGCAGCUGAGCCUUACGAGACCAUAGCCUUCAAGGUUCCUAGCCGAGAGGUGGACAAGGACCCUCGCAAGCUCUGGACGCACUGGAACAAGGAGACUAAACAGUUCUUCCUACAGUUUGCCUUCAAAGUGGACUUGAAGAGCACCCGCCCUCCGUCACCACCCAAACCUCUACAGCCAGCGUCAGCCCCGCCUCCUCCAGUGAUGGCCGGGCCUCCUCCCCCUCCCCGCCUCCCCCCUCCUCCCAUGCCACCUCCAGGGGGGAUGAUGCCACCCCCGGGAGUCCGUCUCCCCCCUCCCCCUGGCCCCCCUGCUGGCAUCCCGCCCCCUCCCGGAGUCCCAGCCCCUCCCAUGAUGCCUCCUGGCAUGGCCCCGCCCCCUCCUUUGAGGCCUCCUCCACCUAUCCCGCCCCCAGGAAUGUCGGCCCCGCCUCCCCCUGGAAUGUCGGCCCCUCCCCCUCCACCAGUGCCACCCCCACCCCCCAUGGGAGGCAUUCCCCCUCCUGUGGCCCCACCCCCUCCUCCGCCACCACCAUCUUAAGUUCUAUCGCCUGUCUUCGUUACUUGAUAAAGCAUUUUACUUUUUGUCUUUGCUAGUUCAAGCAAUGGAUUAAUGCCAGCUAAACUCCAAAUCUUGUUGAAAUGAAAUUUCCAGUCGUCUCAAAGAAAAAGAUAUUAAUUCCAAUAUGGUUCAAUGAAUAGUUAUUAUAGUGUCUUUUUUUCCUGCUUCCAGACAGUUGGGACAGGUGAAAUUUUUCUAGCUGGGUAGAUUUUUAAUGUCAAGGUUCCGGCUUGUCCAAGGGAUAUCAACUCAUAAAAGCUACUUCCCAGUGCAGUUAGAAAGUUUUUGAAAUGUGUCCCAAUUUUUUUUAAUGUUUGUGGCACUUCAAAUUAAAGCAUUUUAGUAGUUGUUCAUGCUUUGUUGUCCCUAACUGCAAGGUUGAGUGUUGGGUUGGAAUGUAUCUGAAUGGCUAAAUUGUAGAAUUGUAUGUACCAGUACCAAGAACUGUUACAGCUGUAUGUCAUUUCAUCAUUUUGUUUCAUGUCAACAUUGCUUUUGGCUCCGUGUUUUGUUGAUGAAAGAAAGUCGAUUAAAAAAGUAUACCACAGUUGA